UGAGUUUUUACCUGGAAACUUACGGGUUGACCAUUGGCACCACAGUUAAGAAGCAAAGCUGAGAACAAGGAGAGGCCUAUAUAAGAGUAAGCGUAAGAGUAAUGGGAUGUGAUUCUCAACAAUCAGCACAAAUGAACUGUAAACCUUCCAGGCUCCAAGUAAUGGAGAAAGCACCUCGAGCCAUCCUCUUCCUGUUACUCAUUGUCGGUUUUGGCGUAGCCCAAAAUACCACCAGCAAAGGAGAUGAAUUCCAUGUCGGAGUGAUCCUCGACCUGGGCACGCUGGCAGGAAAAGUGGCACGAACAAGCAUUUCAUUGGCCGUUGAAGAUUUCUACUCGGUCCACCGAAACCACCGCACAAAGCUCGUUCUGCACAUUAGGGACUCCAUGGGCAGCGAUGUUCAGGCUGCCUCUGCAGCUAUUGAAUUACUGGAGAAUUACAAAGUGCAAGCCAUCGUUGGUCCCCAGAAAUCAUCAGAAGUUCUAUUCAUAUCUAAUAUUGGAAAUAUAACCCAAGUCCCCAUAGUAUCCUUCACAGCAACAAGCCCCUCUCUUACUUCAGAUAGUAUGCCAUAUUUUGUGCGUGCAACACUGAAUGACUCAGCUCAGGUCAAUAGCAUUGCCUUGCUUAUAAAAGCCUAUGGAUGGAGAGAAGUGGUGCCAGUAUAUGAAGAUACUGACUAUGGGAGAGGCAUUCUACCAUCCCUCAUUGAAGCACUACAAGAAAUUGAUGCCCGUGUUCCGUAUCGCAGUGUCACCCCUUCAUCAGCAACAAGUGAAAUCAUUACCCAAGAACUCUAUAAGUUGAAGGCAAUGCAGACAAGAGUAUUUAUUGUUCAUAUGUCACCCACUAUGACUUCUCUUUUUUUUACAAAAGCCAAAGAGGCAGGGAUGAUGAACAAAGGAUUUGUGUGGAUUACCACAGAUGGAGUAGCAAACAUCAUCGACUCACUCGACCCAAGUGUCAUUGAGGCAAUGAAUGGUGUACUAGGAGUGAGGUAUUAUGUUCCCAAAUCACAAGAACUUGAUAGCUUCACCAUAAGAUGGAACAGAAUGUACCAACGGGAUAAUCCAGAUGAAUCACCCUUUAAUAAAUUAAGCAUUGUUGGACUAUGGGGCUAUGAUAUGAUCAGGGCAUUAGCACAAGCAGCGGAAAAGGCUGGGAUCUCCAGUGUUACAAAUAAGCAACCACAGUCCAUUAAAAACUCCACAUGUUUGGACUCCAUGGUUAUUUCCACAAAUGGCCCUGAUCUCUUAACAGCAAUUGUACAAAAUAAGUUCAGAGGUAUAAGUGGAGACUUCGACCUUACAAACAGACAGCUUACAGUUUCUGUGUUCCAAAUAAUAAAUGUGGUUGGGAGAGGUUGGAGAGAAAUCGGGUUUUGGACUGUGAAUAGUGGACUUUCACGGCAGUUCAAUCAAACUGGCUUGAAAAUAACAGGACCAGCCUUAAUGAUUGAUCUAAAUCCAGUAAUCUGGCCAGGAGAGUCAACCGAAAUACCAAGAGGCUGGGAAAUUCCUACAAUUGGUAAGAAGCUUAGAGUCGGUGUGCGCACAAGCAUCUAUCCAGAGUUUAUAGAGACAUUCAGAGAUCAUGCCACAGGUGAAACAAGAGCGAGCGGCCUUUCAGUUGAAAUAUUUGAGGAGGCAGUAAAGAGGCUACCUUUUGCACUUACUUAUGAGUACCUAGCAUUUGACACAGCUGAUCCACGUAGUAAGGGGAGCUACGAUGAUUUUGUUAACCAAGUUUAUCUUCAGAAAUAUGACAUAGCAGUUGCAGAUACUACUAUAAGAUGCAACAGAUCAUUGUUUGUCGACUUCACUGUACCAUACACAGAAUCUGGAGUAGGGAUGAUUGUUCCAGUCAAGGAAAACAUGAUCAAGAAUAUGUGGAUUUUCUUGAAACCAUUGAGUGCUGGAAUGUGGUUUGGCAGCAUCAUAUUCUUUAUGUACACAGGAGUUGUUGUCUGGCUUCUGGAGUAUCUAGAUGGCAAUGAACAUGUACAUGGUCCCUUUUCACUCAAACAACUGGGGAUUACAAUGUUUUUCUCCAUUUCUGAAGAGAACGAGAAGCUGGAACGCUUUCUAUCAAGAAUUGUUCUACGUGUAUGGAUGUUUGUUCUUCUGGUACUUACAUCAAGUUAUACAGCAAGCUUUGCAUCAAUGCUUACUGUAGAGCAGCUUUCACCGACAGUGACUGAUGUUCAUGAACUCCAGAAAAAGGGAGAAUAUGUAGGAUUCCACAAUGGGUCCUAUAUAGAGGGUCUAUUGCUGGAUAUUGGUUUUGACAGAUCAAAGAUCAGGCCCUAUGAUACACCUGAAGAUCUCUAUGAUGCUCUUUCUAAUGGAAGCAAAAAUGGUGGCAUUGCUGCGCUUGUACUUGAGGUCCCAUACAUCAAACUGUUUCUCGCAAAGUACAACAAAGGUUACACAAUGGUGGGGCCUAUUUAUAAGAGUGCGGGUUUUGCAUUUGUGCUGCCCAAGAAUUCUCCGCUACGUGCUGAAAUAUCAAGGGCAAUACUCAACAUAACAGAGAGCGCUAAAAUUAUCCAAAUCGAAAAGAAAUGGGUUGAUAGUAAUAGCCAUCAAAAUGAUGACAAAACUGAUGGUUCGGACGCUAUCACUUUUGAAAGUUUUGGGGGAUUGUUCCUCCUAACUGGAAUUGUGACAGCAUGUUCCCUUUUCGUAGCCGUGCUGAUGAACGGCUACAAAAAGUAUCAGCAAAAUGGAGGGAGCAAAGGAGAUAACCAAAAUGAAUGUGGACAUGAGAAAAAAGGAGAAGAUGGAGAUUCACAAGGAGAACAAAGAGAUCCAAAUAUCAAUGAUAUGGAGAAACAAGCAACACUGCCAGUGUCCCACAGUUUGAACACAAACGGUGACCAGCUACCAGACAGCAAGGACAACGAUAUAUGCUGUAGAUGCACACAGAAUAACAAGGGGAGACAAAAGUACGAGGUCAUCAAGUGGCUCAAAGUUAGUACCAACCUGAGCAAAGUUCACCUUUCAAUCUCAACGAUCAACAACCAACUGCCGGGGAAGCCUGGCUGA